CGUCGAGCUUUCCUUCACCGUCACCUUAUCGCCUCAAUACCGUCACCAUGCCUCGCGAAAUCUCCGAUAUCAAGCAGUUCAUUGAGAUCUGCCGCCGCAAGGACGCCUCGUCCGCCCGGAUCAAGCGCAACCGCAAGUCCCAGCAGAUCAAGUUCAAGGUCCGCUGCGAGCGCUUCGUCUACACCCUGGCCCUGACCGACUCCGCCAAGGCCGACAAGCUCAAGCAGAGCCUUCCCCCUUCCCUCAAGGUCGUUGACGUCUCCAAGGGUACCAAGAAGUCCCUGUAAAUUCGAUAAUGGAAUGAACGGAUCGGAGUGCGACGCGAUUGGUCGAUG